AUGGACAACCAGGAAUUUUUGCUAGCAAAAAGCGAUUUCGAUCUAGCAAAAGUUCGCAGUCGAUUGAUCAAAUGUAUCUAUGAGCUACAGUCAAGGCGUAAUGAGGUUACAUCGAUGAAAUCCUCUCUGGACGAAUCUAACCAAGCAAGGACCACUCUUGAGCGAGAUGUGAAGAACUUUCAGCGCGAGAUAACUGAUCUGAGAGAUCAGUUAAAGAUCGCGUUGGAUGCGCUCAAUCAAAUGGACGCAAUUCGAUCUGGCUUCCUGGAGAACGCUGCUCGACAGCGUGUGCAACUGGAGGCGCUGACAAACGAUCAGGAACGGAUGAACGUGAAGCUCCAGUCUGCUCAGACGAAAACCAUGGAGUUGACAAGAGAGAACAACAAACUGCAGGAACAGAUCAGGGUGCUCCAGGUUGCACGAAACCAGCCGGCCGAAAGUGCUGACCGUAUCUGGAAGGCAAUGGAUACAUUGAAUGGCCAUUUGCAAAAGUUAGAAGCCGAGCACUUGGUUCUCGCUCAAACGGCCGAAUCGUCCAACAAAAUUGCUGACGAAGCGGCAGCUGCUGUGAAAAAGGGCAAGAUCGAGUUAGGAGAGCUUCGGACCAAAAACGAGGAACUGGAGCAGCAUGUACUGGACUUGAAGGCUAAAAUUGUGUCGGUGCAGUCCAUGGAACAUGAGGCAGUCGAAAAUGAAGGCGACAUUGGAAGAAAGUAUGAAGAUCGGCUAAAAACGCUCACGGGAGAACUCGAACGUGAGCGGGAGUCAAACAAGAAGUUGAAAAACGACAUUUCUGCGCUUUUAACUCUGCAGGACUGCUUAACCAAGCAGCUGGAGGAGGCUGUAAAGCAUUACGAUGUACAUCGAAAACAAACCGAAGAUGGUGAGGAUAAGCCGUUGGAGUCCGCAUAGAAGAUAAAUAAAUUACUUUUCAAUCAAUCUUUUUGCAAAUAAUUUUUAUUUUCUCUGUUUAGGUCAAUCUUACAAAUUUAGCACAAGCUACACUGGAACCCGUCCCGGCGUACGCGAUUAUUUUUCGUGGAAUUGGUUAAAAGUUUAUAUCUCGUCAAGCAAUUUACUGA